CUGGUAAACAAUAUUUAGGGGAAACUCCCGCAACGUUGACAUUUUAGGUCGAUGAAUCACAUUGUUGUUCCCGGGUUUGAAUUCGAACAAAUCUGUUAAUUAAUAGAAAUAUGUCGUUUCUGGUAGAUUCGUGUCUUGUGCUAUUUUCACAGGUGCUGUUUUUUGCAGGAGGUUGGGUAUUUUUUCUAAAGAAGUUGUUUCGUGACUAUGAGGUUCACCAUUCAGUUGUUCAGCUUGUCUUCUCCGUGACAUUCUCAUUGUCGUGUACGAUGUUUGAGCUGAUUAUUUUUGAGAUUCUCGGAAUCAUGGAUUCCAGUUCCCGCUAUUUUCACUGGAAGUUCGGUCUAUAUGCCAUUUUCUUUGUGCUGAUUGGUUUGCUGCCGUUCUACAUAGCCUAUUUCAUCAUCGGCAACAUUAGACUAGUUCCUCAGAAGAAUCACAUUCGCUUGAUGUUGACGAUCGGAGCAUGGUGCGCGUUCUGCUAUCUCUUCUGGAAGAUUGGAGAUCCAUUUCCCAUCCAUAGUCCAAAACAUGGAAUCUUCUCCAUAGAGCAGUGUAUCGGCCGUGUUGGUGUAAUCGGUGUUACGCUGAUGGCGCUGUUGUCGGGAUUCGGUGCUGUCAACUACCCGUACACAUCAAUGCACUACUUCGUUCGACACGUCACUGAGGCCGACAUCCAGUCAAUAGAGAAAAGACUGCUGCAGUCCCUCGACAUGAUCAUCAUGAAAAAGAAAAGGAUUGCUGUCGCAAAGAGAGAAAGUCUGAGACAGGCGUGCAUUUCUAACAGUUCUGGUGGAUUGUGGGGAAUGUUUAAAAAUGUCACUUCUGCUGCUGGAACAACAGAAAACACGGGGCUGUUGAAGCAGGAGACGAGUGCAAUGGAGGAACUAACGCGACAGUUAUUUCUCGAGUCCGUCGAUCUCCACGAUGCAGUGGACAGGCGAGAAUACUCGAAGACGUUUAAAGGGAGAUAUUUCAAUUUUCUGGGAUAUUUUUUCUCAGUUUAUUGUGUUUGGAAAAUAUUUAUGGCAACAAUAAACAUUAUAUUUGACCGAGUUGGCAAGGUGGAUCCAGUUACGCGAGGAAUAGAAAUUGCUGUCAAUUACUUCGGAAUUCAGUUUGAUGUGAAAUUCUGGUCACAGCAAAUAUCAUUCCUCCUCAUUGGAAUUAUCAUCGUGUCAUCCAUCAGAGGUCUGCUCAUCACAUUAACAAGGUUCUUCUAUGCCAUAGCUAGCAGCAAGUCGUCCAAUGCCAUUGUCUUGUGUUUAGCCCAGAUCAUGGGAAUGUAUUUUGUGUCAUCUGUUCUGCUGAUGAGAAUGAACAUGCCACCAGAAUACAGGUCUAUAAUAACAGAGGUUCUUGGGGAGCUGCAGUUUAACUUCUACCAUCGUUGGUUUGACGUCAUCUUCCUUGUCAGUGCAUUGUCCAGCAUCGGUUUUCUGUACAUAGCACACAAACAGGCACCUGAGAAAAACCUAAUGUGAUAAUCACACGAACAAGCUUCUGUCAAAAAUCUCAUGUGAUAAAACUUUAGUUUAACUUUUACCAUCGUUGGUUUGACAUGAUCUUUGUUGUCAGUGCAUUGUCCAGUAUCGGUUUCCUGUACAUAGCACAUAAACAGGCCCCUGAGAAAAACUUGAUGUGAUAAUCACACAAACAAGCUUCUGAGAAAAAACUAAUGUGAUAAUCACACACACAAGCUUCUGAGAAAAAACUAAUGUGAUAAUCACACACACGAGCUUCUGAGAAAAAACUAAUGUGAUAAUCACACAAACAAGCUUCUGAGAAAAAACUUAGGUGACAACUGAUACAAACUUCUGUCAAAAAUCUCGUGAUAAAACUUCAGUUUGACUUUUA